AAGGCUUGGCCCGAGGAAAAGAAUCCGGGCGACGGGCGCGCUCUGAGCGCCCGCGCAUGAGGAAGCAAGCGGGAAGCCAUGGAGAAGCAAGCCGCCACCAUCAUGAUUGAUCAGACCGCCACGCAUUCGUCCGUGCAGCAGAUUGAGGACCGCCUUGCGCAGAUCCAGGCCGCGGGGAUCGGCCAGAUACCUCUGGUCUUUCUCUGCGUGGCCGGUUCGAAACCCGCCGAGAUCUCGGAGGUCGAUGCAGCCCCCUGGAUCCGAGUCGUCCGUCGCUUACUGGAGCUGCAGCAACCGGUGUACGGCAUCGCCACAGGCACCAUGGGGCCCUUUGGCAUCAUGAUCCUGGAAGCGUGCGACUACGUCUACUCUGACAGCCUGCAGCAAGGGAUCCGGGCGAACCGCAUCCUCCGUCCCUUUGAGACGGCCUUCGUGUGCAAGAUUGCGGCCGAGGAGGCGGAGUGCAUGAACGUCUCUCAGCUUAUGGAGAUGAAAACGGAGAUGGUGAGGAACAAGCUCUUCGCCCGCUUCCCCAGGCUUUCUUCCUCGGAGGAGAACUGGGGCGGCAAGAUGCAAGCGACACACUGAGGGGCCCGUGAGCGGCGAGGGCUGAUGCCCUGACUUCCCUCGGGUCUUUUCUUGGUUCUGUGGAUUCAGCCCAUUUUUUGUUCUUCC